AUGGAUUCCACUCCGCAGACACAACCUGCACCACAAGCCACUCAACUACUCCAGGAAACGCCACAGCAGAAGGAGAGACGCCUCGUGCAGUACUUCGAGAGCCAGCUCAAUCAUCUCCAAUUCUAUAUCGUUAAACAAGACGAGAAGAUCUAUCAAGCCCUGUCCACUCAGAACACCCUCCGUGCGGAAAUUCAUGCGGAGAAACAGAAAUACCAAAAUCUGGAAAAAGAGAGAGCCAAGGAUAAGAAGGAAUUCGACGAGUUGAUCUCAGCUAUGGAGACUUCAAAAGACAAGAAAAUCACCUAUGUGCAGGAAAGUCCAAAUGUGAAAUUGACGGAGACAAUCGAGCAGUUAAAUGAGAGAAUCGGGGAGUUGGAGGAGCAGCUGGAGGAGGAAAAGAACAAAAAUCUGCCGGAUAUGGACCCAGACGACGCUAUCAAAGCCCAUCUACAAUAUAUGGUUAGAGAAGGAGAGGCUCGUCUGGCAGAGAAGAAAUAUGAGAUUCGUUUCCUCGAGAAACAGUUGGAAUCCCAGCAAAACCAAAUCCAUCCGCCACAAAAUAAACUGGAGGAGCGGUUGAAUAUUGCGAGAGCAGAGUUGGCGUUUGCAAAUGAGCAAAUUGGAAUGAUUAUCGAGAAUAACGAGAGAGCGAGAGAGCAGGAGAGGAAGCAGGAGAAGGAGGAGUACGAGGCCAAGUUACGGGAGCUCAAGGAUAUGUUGAUUGCGAGGGAUGAAGAGAUUUGGGAGUUGAAGAAUAAGGUGAAUUAA